CAUAAAUACAACACAGAAAUGGAUAGUGGCUUAGGUUAUGAAGAUGAGGGUGUAGGCAAUCAUCUACCAGGAAUAGUAGAGGCAGCUUCUCCGAGGAGAACACAUGUUUUGAAUAAUGAUUUGUCCUUGUUAAACAGACAAGCAGACACAAAGGAAAGGCAAACUUCCACAGAUAUCCUGGAGGAGCUUAUGUCUGAAGAAAUAAUACAGGGUCAGAGCAAGGUUGUUAGGAAUGGGAAAGCAUACAGUGUCAUGAUGGAAACACCCGGGAAGCCUCUAAGGAGACCUCCUGCAAAGUUGGAGAAACUGAAAACCAAAAAGAAGAAAAAUACAAGUCUAACUAGAGAAGAUAUUGAAGCUAAAAUGAAGGCUGCUGAAGAAAGAAGAAAGACAAAGGAAGAGGAACUAAAGAAAAGGUUACGUGAAAGGCCAAUUGCCUAUUCUGCUGCACUGGAAAAUUUAAUGAGUGAACCAACAGGGAGUCUCAUAAUUCCAGCUGAAGAGCCUGAUGAAAUAGGUUCUGUGGAAUCUGACAACACCUACAACAAACCUAGUGACCAGACCAAUGACUUUGAAAAUGAUAUCUUUUGAUGCAAGCUCACCUAAAAAACAUGUACUUUUAUAUAUGCAUCUGAGCCUAGAAAUAUAUACUGAAGUUUGAUAUUAGGAUUGCAGUUCAUAUGCAAUGCAGAAAGAUCCUUUUUUCAGGUGCAUAAUAAAAUAGGCCAAAUAAA